GGCAGAAUACGGAUAUUCACACCAAAAUUUUUUUCGGUUUCAACCCUUACUUCUUCUUUUUUCUUUCCUUUCCGUCUCGGUGAAGACAUGAAGUGUGCUGCGAGGAUGCGAGUGCCGCUAUCUCGAUGGAGACCCUCCUCCUUCCGAUCCGUUACCUGUCCUGCGGCUCUGGCGCCCUCAUCGUGCGUUUUCUUCUCUGCGGCGACAUUCUGCUCUCAUGGGAGCUGCCCGCUACGACGCUACGCCACCUCCUCCGACUCUACAGAGAAACCCAAAGCUAACAAGGUCCUUUCCAAAAAAGGCAUGAACGGAUUCACGGAUGUUAACUACAAUAGGGCCGCCGAUGACUUCCUGGAGCGUAUCGAGGUCGUGCUAGAUGAGCUCGUCAAUGAUAACAUACGAGAUAUCAAUCUAAGCGAUGGCGUGCUCACCAUUGAAACGACACAGGGGACCUUUUUGUUUAACAAACAGGCGCCGAACCUGCAGUUGUGGUUAUCCUCCCCGAUCUCCGGUCCACACCACUACGACAUGGUCGAGGGUGCACAAACUACUUCACCUCAAGGCGAAGGGGCGAGCAGGGUGAGGUGGGUUUGUGAGUGUGACGGGCACGACUUGAAGGAAAAGGUCCAGGAGGAGUUUUCGGAGGUGCUUGGCAUAAAACUGGUCCUUUAA